CUUUACCGCUGGCUGAGGAAUAAAGUAGAACUUUUCAUCAGAUUUUACACACAUUUGCGUGUGGGAAUUGAAUUAAUAAGUCCAUUUCAAAGGUAUUUUGGAAAUUUCUUACCGGCCAUUCAGCCGUGUGUGACAGAUAUUAUAAGUGAAUCGGUGACUACAGUGAUUUUUACUGCGAUUUUAGAAAGACGAGUUAAAGGGGCACCGGAGGCGAACUUUCGGGGUGACGCGGGCAUAUUUUCUCAAAAAACUUAAUAAAAAAUGGCUGGAUUGCCGCGAAGGAUUAUUAAAGAAACACAAAGACUCAUGCAAGAGCCAGUGCCUGGAAUUAGUGCUGUACCAGAUGAGACUAACGCUAGAUAUUUUCAUGUAAUUGUUACGGGGCCUGAAGAUUCACCUUUUGAGGGAGGACUAUUUAAACUCGAAUUAUUCUUACCUGAAGAUUAUCCAAUGUCAGCACCAAAAGUUAGAUUUAUAACAAAAAUUUAUCAUCCAAAUAUCGACAGGCUGGGAAGAAUUUGUUUAGACAUCUUGAAAGACAAAUGGAGUCCAGCACUUCAAAUUAGGACAGUACUUUUAUCGAUACAAGCGUUGUUGAGCGCACCAAAUCCUGAUGAUCCAUUAGCUAAUGAUGUAGCUGAAUUGUGGAAAAUUAACGAAAUCGAAGCGAUACGUAAUGCCAAAGAAUGGACCAGUAGAUACGCCAUGGAAAACUGAUCUCAGUAUCAAAUGAUUAACUAUCGCGCGAUGAAAUGUCAUCAUAAUUUUUUCUACUGUCAAAUAAUCUACGCCAGUUGCACCCAUGUCCACAGUUUUUCCAUCAAAUGAAGUAAAAAAAAAAAACAAAGUUGUAAGACCAGACUGCUGGGGACUGUAUUUUCUAUAAUAAUUAUCAAAGAGAAGACGUUUCUAAUUCAAUCGUAUAAAAUUUAUGCGAUUGUGCGCAAGACUUAUAAGAAUAUAUUUUCAAAUAGUGGUGAAAAAAAAAAACAAACAAACAAAAAAACACGGGGAAAAAAACAAGGCCGAUGAUUUGAAACAAUUAGAAAAGAAAUAA